UCCAGUCAAGAAUUGAAUGAGGCACUUUCCUUUUUUAUAGCUGAAGUGCGUAAGGAAUCCGGUGAUAAUAAUAAACCAAAUACUUUGUAUGAGAUUAUUAUAUCUAUACAGCACUACCUUCGUCAGAAUGGACGUUUAAUAGCCUUUAUGGAUGAUCAAGAAUAUCAGGGUUUAAGAAGUGUUCUGAACAGUAAAAUGAAGGAGUUGUCGAUACUUGGACUGGGUAUUAAUACCAAGAAGUCAGAAGUUAUUACAAUAGAACAAGAAGAGAUUUUAUGGAGUAAAGGCUUGUUAGGUGAAAGUAACCCACAGCAGAUAUUGGAUACUCUUCUUUUCUUGUUUGGAUUACAUUUUGCACUGCGAGCUGCUCAAGAACACGGGAAUUUAAGGUUU